AUGCGUAGUAUUCCGCCUGCUGAAAGGUUAUUUAUAGGAGCGGAUUUUAAUGGUCAUAUUGGGUUUAUUGCAUGCGGCUAUGAUGAGGUGCAUGGUGGUUUUGGUUUUGGGGAUAUGAACGUAGGAGGAACUUCGCUGUUGGAUUUCGCAAGGGAAUUUGAGCUGGUGAUUGCUAACUCUAGUUUUCCAAAUAGGGGGGAGCAUUUGGUUACUUUCCAGAGCACGUUAGCAAAGACUCAUAUUGACUAUCUGCUCCUUAGGAGGUACGAUAGAGGGUUGUGUAAGGAUUGCAAGGUUAUCCCGGGUAAGAGCCUCGCGACGCAGCAUAGGCUUUUGCUGAUGGACGUUGGUAUUAUGAUGAAGAGAAAGAAGAGGACUGCACGAGGUCGACCGAGGAUCAGGUGGGGAGCCUUGACUAAGGAUAAAGCUCAAGAGUUGAAAGGGAGGCUAUUGGUCGUGGGAUCCUAG